AUGUCUGAACGGCGAGGCUUGGAAACAUCAAAGUCGACGGAAAUACUGAUGGGAUCUGAAAUAGGUCGCCGCUCUCUUCACGUUCAGAAGCAUGAGUGCUCUUCUUGCGGCUACCCUGCUGCCAAGAUCCGCAAGUACAACUGGUCUGAGAAGGCUAAGCGAAGAAAGACGGUCGGCACUGGCCGCACUCGCUACCUCAAGGAUGUGUCUCGACGAUUCAAGAACGGUUUCCAGACUGGUACCCCCAAGGGCGCUCGAGGCGCUACUGCCGAGAAGGCCUAA